AUGUCUGAACACUUCAGGGUUAUCGAAGACAUGGAAGACGAAGAUAUGAUGGAGGACGGACCACCGGACGAUCUCUAUUUUCAUCCUGAACCAGGGAGAGAGUCUCUGUCUGGAGACGAGCAGUGGGUCCCAGGUAGUAGAAAACCUUAUCAGCCAGAUCCGUUAUUCUAUGACGCACUAUCGGAACGUUCGAGCAAUACUCCUCUUCGAGAACGUUCAGAAGAGCCCGACUUGCUUGAUACACCUCGACCAAACCGAAUUCUAGGGCAUGGCGAGGAACCAAAUCAACUUAUGCCGUUGUCGCCUACCAAGCGAAUGAAGCGUACACGGAGUACCUUGCCUGGGCCUGACUUUGAAGACAGAGUUGAAGCAGCUUCAGUGGAGGUGUCACCGACGGAUAGCAGCGGUCAACUUGAAACAUUGCCCACUGUUCAAAGCCUUGUUGAAGCCUCGGCCGGUCCUUCAUCUGACGAUCCAAUGCCACACCGGGAUCAGCUAGUGGAUCCCAGGAUUUCUCAUAAUAAACGGCGUCGCAAGCCUCUAAAGGUGCCCCAAGAGACGAAAAUCAUCAUUUCUAAUGAGAAGUUAAGGAAGCAGGUUCGCACUUUGCAGCAUGUCGUGCAAACUACAGAAGCAGGAGAAGUAUUGAAAGUAAGACAAGAGAAGGCCAUUCUGCAAUUGGGUCUUCAGAAAGCCACCACUCUAAUAUCUUCACAAGCGGACCGCACUGCCGAUGUCUCUUCGGAACGAGACGAUUUCGAGGUGAAGUAUAACACUGCAGAAGUAGGUCCGAUUUCGUUGUUUGCCAUACACAUAUUCAUCUUGCAUGCGCCACAAAAGAGUGAACGAGAGGCUGUCGAAUCAGAGCUAACAGCGGUCUGCAACAACGUACAAAAUCUACUUGCCGAAACUGGAUCAAAGGACCAAAUUAUAUUCGAUCUUAAUGCCACUGUAACAUCAAAGACCGAAGAAAUUUCCAAGCUAAACGAGAUGGUGCAAGCAAAGGAUAAAGAUCUCUCCGAUCUACGUGCCGCUCUCGACUCCAAGGAUGUUGAACUGCGCAAACUUAAAUCUGAUAUGGACUCAGCUGAAGCUCACAAGAAGCAAUCAGAGGUUGUUAUCUCAGACCUUCGGAAAGUCGAGGAACAAUUACAAGAAGCAAAUCGUCAAAUACAACUGCUGAAGGACACGAUGGAAGCGAACAUUGCAUAUAAAAAUGAGCUUGAUCAAAUGCGCUAUAAUCUGGAGUCCGACCGACAAAUCUUUCAGGAAGAUUUACUGACGCACCUCGAUGUGUUAGAAAAACACAGAAUCUCUGAAGAACGACUGGAGUCGCUGACCGAAGAGGCAAAAAAGGCGAUCGAAACUUCUAAAGAAGAAAUUUCCAAAGCUAAAACCAUGGAGGAGAAGGCUUCCGCAGCUAUGCUUAAAGCAGAUCGAAAUUUGAAAGUCGCAUCCCAAGAUUUGGAGCAAGCCAGGAAAUUACGCAGUACUUCCGAGGAAAUGAAGACUACCACCGAGACUUUGAAGGCGGAGGUUCUUACCGAAAAAGCGUCUGUCGAACUUUUGAAACGUUCAGCCAAGGAUUCGCUAGAGCAGGCAAAGCGAUUGAAAGAAGAUGCCUCUACAGAGAUGAAAAAGGCGAACCGAUUGAGGGAACAUUACACCAAUAGUAUAAAAAAUCUUGACCGACUGAUUGAAGAAGCAAGCAACGAAGUGGAAAACGCCCACAAUAAUUGUUCUGGAUUCCAGAGAGCCAGUCAGGAAGCCUCGGCACAGAUUGCAGAGUUGAAAGCAAAAUUAAAGAUCGCCGAAAUCAAGCUCCAAGCAAUGGCCGUCCCCGUCGACGCAAGUAAGGGCAAAGAUAAGGCGCCUACCACCACCGCACCAACGAACGUGGCCUCUGUCAAUACCGGUCAGGAUAAAGAAAUGCAAUCCUCCAAUAUACCAACAACAGCUGUGGACCACGUCAAUUCCGGUAAGGGUAAAGAAAAGGCAUCCACCAGCACAGCAACGGUUGUGGACGAUCAUGAUUCGAGUAUCCCAAACAGAACUGAUGGCCGCAAGGCGGAUCAUGACACACAAAGAAUGGUAGAGGAACAGUCACAAAUACGCCAAAGUUGGCUCUCAAAGUUCAAAUCUAUCAAACCUUCAGUGAUUUUUGGCCGUGCAAACGCCCAAGCUGGUUCGAGCGGUACACAACCAGGUGACGAGGAUGAGGAUGAUCCUAUGGCUAGGUGGAAUGCAAAAAUAUCCCAGGAUGAUAACGGUGAGAAUGUCAAUCGCCUUAACUCCACUCACAGGGUUAAUCAAAAGGGUACUUUGAAAGGUAAAGCCAAGCAUUCGACCAUUGCGCCCGAUUUCCCUGUGGGCAGUGGGAAGGAGUUGCAAAUUGAGGAGAAUGAGGACCAGGAGAUGUUGGACACGCUGCCCGCAGAAGGUGGCGGUGAUGAUGGGGAUGGAGAUGGAGAUGGAGAUGACGAGAAUGAUCAAGAAGAAGAGGGUGAAGAGGAGGAUAAAGAAAUUGAAGAGGAGGUUAACGAAGACGAAGAAGAAAGAGCAGUAACCAAUAUCCUCACCAGGACAGGUUCUGCCUCUACACUUGGAGGCCAAUACUCGAGAGAUGCCUCGCGAUCGUUUGUGAUGGGGGGCAAGAACGGUUCAAAAAGGGAAAAAAUUGAUUUAGAGAAGGACAAUAAAGAAGUCCGAAAACAAUAUUUUGCCCUCGUUCGCAGCGUUGUGAAUGACAAAUUUGGCGUAGAACGAGACCCGGAGUUUGUCAAUCACAUACCACCAAGUCCCGGUGACAUUAUGCAAUUCGAAACCACGAAGCGCCCAGAAGAUGGCCCCAAGAUAGCAGAUCUCCGCAUUGACAUGAAGGGCGAAAUAUCCAGCGAUUGGAACAAAGAACUCGUAUCUAUACUGGUUACAUUUGCGACCAACAGAAAGGUCUCACAAUUCCCUGACCUUCCUCAUCGGCCCCAAGACUACCUAGCUCAAAUGUUCUUUCAAACGCUGGAGCGCGCAAGGACCUUUUGGAGAGAUAACCAGCCUCAGGCUACCGAUCUGGGAAAAAUAGAAACCAGCGCCAAAAGGGAAGCAAGAGUGGAGGCAAAAAGGAAAAAAGAGGAAAAAAGGAAUCGAAAGAAUAGUAGAUGUUCAAUUAAAUAUUCCGAGCGUUUGUUCACAGUGAAAAGAAUGAUCGCAGAAAGUGAGAAAAGGGACGACACCGCAAUGUUUAACCUAUGGAGUCGUUUGCUAUCACUUCUCGAGGCCCUAGAGGAAGAUGGAAUGAGCUCGGAGGACUCUGAAGCUGACGAUGAUGGGGAUACCGUAUAUCAUGUCAGGCAGAUGCCGUAUCGUCGCAGCGUUGACAAGCAUAUGGCAAUCAUCGACGCUGAAACAAAGCGUUAUAAACGCACCAUUGCUACUCAAGGCUCGAACAAAUCACGAAGAAUCAGAGGGGAAGAUAUAUUUUCGCUUCGCAGACCUUUCGUCGGGAAACCGAGACCACUUUAUGCACCACCUUGGUUAAAACAGCAGACCCGAACGACUAUCAACAGUCUGAAAAUUCCAGAAAAACAUCCAUUCAAAUUUUUCGAGAUCAAGGUGCCGGACCCGAGUGCAUGA